ACCCACCCAUCACUCUAAUCUCUCAAGGUGAUACUUUCUCUCUCUACCAUCUAUUGCCUCCUUGUGAAACGCUUUCCCGUUUUCUCUCGCUGCCCAUCAGUCCAUUUACUCGAAGCUCACCUUCUCCCUCCCUUCCCUGUGCCGUCCGUCCUUCCUCCGGCCAGCAAAUAUUAAAAUCUUAGGUCUGUCUUUCUAUUUGUGUCUUUCUCCCUCUUCUCUCUUCUAGAACGCCAAAUCAUAAAACCGGUCUGCACUCCCUCCAAAACCACCACCAUCCGUCGACACCAUGAUGGCGCCGACGGCCACUUCCUGCGGACUCCGACCCGCCUUUUGCCUCUUCCUCCUCCUCCUCUUUGCAAGCUUCCUGCCGCCGGGAAGAGCAGACUUGGCUGGCGACAAGGCCGCGCUUCUUACCUUCCGUUCGGCGGUGGGGCGGUUCCUCCCGUGGAACCAGAAUGAUACCACUCCCUGCUCGUGGCAGGGGGUGGUGUGCGCCGACGGACGGGUGGUGGUGCUCCGCCUGCCCGGCACAGGCUUGAUCGGCAAUUUCCCUUCUGGGGUGCUGGGCUCCCUCACCGCCCUUCGCACCAUCAGCCUGCGUUACAAUGCUCUCUCCGGCCCCCUCCCGUCCGACCUCGCCGGUGCCGCUUCCCUCCGCAACAUCUACCUGCAGCAUAACCGCCUUUCGGGUCCAAUCCCACCGGCGAUCUUUAGCCUCCAGAAGCUCGUCCGGCUCGACCUCUCCGGAAAUAAUUUCAGUGGCAGCAUCCCUCUCGCCUUCAAUAACCUCACCAGGCUGGCUACCCUCCUUCUCCAGUCGAACUCCCUCAGGGGACCUGUUCCCGACCUCCGUCUCCCCAACCUCUCCCUGUUCAACGUCUCCUCGAACCAGCUCAAUGGCUCCAUCCCUGCCGUCAUUGGCCGUCAUGGAGCCAACUCAUUCCUUGGCAACUUCGCCCUCUGCGGCGCUCCCCUCGCUCCCUGCCCAGGAACCGCGCCUCCCCCUGGGAGCAACAGCCCAGGAGGAGGAGGUGCUGGUGCUGGUGGUAAUGGUGGCGGCGGCAAACGGCACAGGAGGCUCUCUGGUGCGGCCAUUGCUGGGAUCGUCAUUGCCUGCGUUGUGGCGGCAAUUGUGCUGCUGAUAAUCUGCUUGGUGUGCUUUAAGAAGAAGAGCAGCCAACGGAAGACGGGCGCGAUCGAUAUGCCCCCUGCGAAGUCGCUGGAUCCGGCAGCACAAGAGAAGUCUCUGGAUGUGGAAGAGGAAAAUGUGGGUGGUAGCGGUAUUAGGGAGGCCAGUUCAGUGGCUAAGGCAGACAUCGGUGGUGCUGGACCCCCGAAGCGGUUGGUCUUCUUCCCCGGGGCCAAGGGGGGUUUCGAUCUGGAGGACCUGCUCAGAGCUUCAGCAGAGGUUCUGGGGAAGGGGACGUUCGGAACGGCCUAUAAGGCUGUGCUUGAAGAUGGGACAGUCGUUGCAGUGAAGAGGUUGAAGGAUGUGAACUUGAACCAGAGGGAAUUCGCGGCACAGAUUGAGAGAAUCGGAUCGAUGAUGAACAGCAAUCUUGUUCCUUUGCGUGCUUACUAUUACUCCAAGGAGGAGAAACUCCUUGUCUAUGAUUACAUGCCCAUGGGUAGCCUCUCUGCAUUGCUCCACGGAAGCAGAGGAGCAGGUAGAACACCACUGAACUGGGAAUCAAGGUCCCGGAUCGCCCUGGGAGCAGCAAAGGGUAUCGAAUAUCUCCAUUCUCAAGGUGCCAGCAUUUCCCAUGGCAACAUCAAGUCGUCCAACAUCUUGUUAACUAGAGAAUAUGAUAGUUGCGUGUCCGAUUUUGGUCUCGUCACGCUGGUUUCUGCUGCACCAGCUGCUAACCGUGUAAUCGGCUACCGAGCACCAGAGGUGACCGACCCGACUCGAAUUUCCCAGAAAGCAGAUGUCUACAGUUUUGGAGUUCUGCUUCUCGAGCUCUUGACUGGUAAACCGCCUGCUCAUGCUUUGCUCAAUGAGGAGGGCGUAGACCUGCCAAGAUGGGUACAGUCUGUGGUGCGGGAGGAAUGGACCUCAGAGGUGUUUGAUCUCGAGCUUUUGAGAUACCAGAAUGUGGAAGAGGACAUGGUUCAGCUGCUGCAAUUGGCCAUGGACUGUGCAGCAACCUACCCUGAUCAGCGGCCAUCGAUGGCAGAAGUGGUGAAGAGAAUCGAGGAGCUACGGCGAAACAUUACCAGUAUCCAUGACGACGAAGAAACGGCACACUCUUCACAGAGGACUACCCACUCUAUCGAGGAUACAAGUAGUGCUGCCCCUGCUCCUUAGCCUGUUUGGCUGUUUGAAAGGCAGGGAACGAAAGUAAACAAGAAGUUGGUGGUUUAGAAAGCAUUGGUUAAAGGGAGAUUAAAGUUUGUCCAUUAUCCUUUCACCAUCCUCACCGUGGUAUGUUGUUUUCUUUUUCUUUUUCUUUUUUUCUCUCUCUCUUUUCUGUUCUUUCAUUUCUUGUUUCCUCUGCUUUCUCCUUCGAUGGGCUUUAUGUGAUUUUGGAGGAGGAAUAAUGGGGAGGAAGAAGAAGGGGCUUAAAUGCGUUUGGUCUUUUGCAAUGAGGAUUGGGGACUUCUCAAUGCUUCUUGUAAUUACUUUUCUUUUUUCUUUUUUUAAUCUGCCUAGAGGAAUGGUUGUAAUUUUUCAUUUUUUUUUCCUUUUGGAGUAAAGUUUCUUCUCAUUGUUAUUGUGAACUAA